AUACAAAGUUAUUUUGUUUAUCACUAGAAACUGCGAAAUUUUGUCGGUAAUCUGUGGUGACGACACGCAAAAUGAUGCACAAUGCACUUUCGAGAUACGCUUUUCUCUAUUACUAUCAAUAUUUUUCGUAGUUUAAGCAUUAUUUGUUGCAAAUAUCGCAAUAAUUGUCCGUUUGUAUAAAUAUAAUCGAUCAGUCUUUUGUUUAUUUAGUUCUGAAGCGAGAAUUAGACGAUUCUAGUCCACUAAAAGUAAUUUUGACAUUUUUUUGGAAACUAAAUUAAUUUAUUUUUAGUGAUUACUUAAACCAAAUAACAUGCUUUAUCCAAAAAUUAACAAUAACAAGGCUCAUCACAUAUUUCAAUCUGGAUUCGAAAUGGACUCUCAACACCAACAGUUCUGUCUGAAAUGGAAUAACUUCGGCACAAAUUUGGCAACGUCGUUCAGCAACCUGUUCAAGUCGGAAACUUUGGCAGAUGUCACAUUGUUUUGUGAUGGGGUGACCUUCAAAGCUCACAAACUAAUCCUGGCAGCUUGCAGCAAACACCUGGCAGACCUGUUCGAGACCGCGCCCCUCCAUCAGAACCUCCUGGUCAUCCUGGACGGCACUUCGGCCGCCAACAUGGCCGCCCUGCUCGAGUUCAUGUACAAGGGCGAGGUGCACGUCUCCCAGGACGCCUUGUCCAGUUUCCUGCAAGCUGGGGAGUGCCUGCAGGUCAAGGGAUUGAGCGUGGAACACGAGAAGGUGGCUGUGGCUUUAAGUCACCAGUCGCAGCAAAGGCAGGAUAUCGCCCAUAGCCCUCCUAUGCGUGGUCUGGACUCGCCUACGAGAAAACGUUUUAAGAUAUUGAAAGAAGAAGCUGAAAACAACCAACCGACAAACCAACAACAGCAAUCUAGCCCAUCGCCAAGCUAUUCACCGAAAAUGUCUCCUUACAUGCAUCACCACUACAGGCCCUACGACAGAUUGUCCUCUACAAAUUCACAAUACGAAAUGAAACAUCCAAGGUCUCCCAACGACCUGGUGCAGGAAAACCGAGCCUCUGUCCUGCGGGACGGAAGCAAACGAACAGGUUCCCCCACGCCUCUCUCGCUGGCCUACCGACCGACGUCCAGCUCGUCCUGUCCAGCGCCCCCUGCCCACAACGAAGCCGACGCCCCACCACCUGAUCAGCGGUACGAAGCCACGGAUAGGGCUACGGCCCUUAUAUGCCCGGAAACGACCAAUGCUGACCGAUGCCAGGACCCAGGAUGCCCAGAAGAUUUGCGAAUAAAAAUGGAACAAGACGAACCUCCCUCAAGCACGGCGGGCCCAGGAAGCCACCCGCCUGUACCUAGUCCCAUGCACCAUACCGGGAGCUCACCAAACGGUACCAUAGCCCCCUCGGUCAAUAAGUUCGAGUACGACCGGGACAAGACGGACCUAAUCCCUACCACGCUGUGGAACUCGGUCACGGGCAAGCUCAGCCAUCACAAGCAGCCCACGGUCAACACGCCAGACGGAAAGAAACUGAAGUGCCCUUUUUGCGAAAGACUCUACGGCUACGAGACAAACCUACGCGCCCACAUACGGCAAAGACACCAAGGCAUCAGAGUACCCUGUCCCUUCUGUUCGCGUACCUUCACCAGGAACAACACGGUGAGGAGGCAUAUAGCGCGCGAGCACAAGACGGAACUCAGCCUCAAGGCGUUCCAGAACCAGCAGCAGCAAGUGCAGCAGCAACAAGUACUCAAUCCCUAAGUACGCUGGUGGUACUAGGGAUAAAUAAGUACCUGCCGGCAGUUAUGAUGUAAAUAUUAUAUAUGCUUUAAAGAGUGGGUGGGUACUAUUAAGGUACGGGAGUUUAGGAAUGUGUUAAAUUCUAUUUUGUUGAUUGUUUGUUCUAUUUUUUUUUUUCAUUUAUUUUCGUUGUUUUUUGUCAAUUUGAUUUUCAAAAUUAUUUUUUAUUGAUUUCUCUAAAAAUUUGUUUAGUUUGAUCCAAAUCAAGAGUCAAAGUACAGUCCAAGUAACUAACACAUUUUUUUUUAAAAACGUACAUUUUUUUCUCAAUUAUUUUCAGUAACGACAAUUAAUAAUUUGAAUUUAAUUAGGGCAUUAUCACUAUUGUGUCUGUAAAGCAUUACAUGUCAGGACAAAAAACAUUUUUAGAAUAAAAAUCUAGUGAUA